AUGGCCGGCCCCGAUUUCAGCCAGUUACACGCCAAAAAGUUCAGGUUUCGCGUCCUCCCGGUGGCUCAACAAUGCCAGUCACUUGUGUGCCGGCCGAACCUUUGCAUGUAUCUUGCGAAGAACUACUCCGCCGUGCGCCUGUUCCGCCAGAAACUGACGCCGAUAUCCCGGUACAAUCACUGA